GCAGCAGGGUGUGUGUAUUGGAGCGCGGCCUUGGAUUUAGCUAGCUUUUCUCCUUCCUAAGUAGGGAACACUUGGAUAUUUGGGAAAUUUCGGAAAGCCAGAGCUUUGGCACACAGCUCGGAAGCAUCACUAUGGAGCUGUCCUCUCCCCCAGAGCAGUUGCUGAACGAUCAGGAGGAGCAGGGCCAUUUCAGUUCAGGCGGCGCUGAUCAUCCGUGGGCGGUCACAGAGUCUCUGCGUCUGCGGCGUUUCCUCUGCUACGGCUCGGAGAGCGCCACCUACUGCACGAGGGAGCGAGCGCUGGGACCGGAGGGCGCCCUGGCCCUCAUGGAGCUGGUGCAGGGGGGCCGCGGCUGCGAGGUGGUGGAGGAGGUGAAGAGAAUGUGUCUGGAGGGUAAAACGGUCCGGCCGAACCCGGCGCUGUUCGCUCUGGCCGUGUGCUCGCAGAACUCGGACUCUAAGGCCAAGCAGGCGGCGUUCCGCGCCCUGCAGGAGCUCUGCAGCUCCCCCGGGCAGCUCUUCACCUUCAUACAGUACAAGAAGGAGCUUAAGGAUGGCCUGUGCUGUGGCAUGUGGGGGCGUGGCCUACGCAGGGCUGUUUCUGAUUGGUACAACAGCCAGGAUGCCCUCAGCCUCGCGCACACCGUCACCAGGUGUAAACACCGGGCCGGGUGGUCCCAUCAGGACCUUCUCAGACUGUCUCACCUUAAACCAGCCAACGAUGCUAUUGCACUUAUAAGCAAAUACGUGACGAAAGGCUGGAAGGUGGUGCAGGAGGCGUAUGCAGAUAAGGAGAAGUCUGAGGAGCUGAUGAAGGUGUUUCUGUAUCUGGAGGCGGUGGAGAAGGCCAAGCACUCGACGGAUGAACAGGAAGUCGUGCAUCUGAUAGAGGAGUACAGGCUGGAGCGCGAGCAGAUUCUGACCACUCAUCUCAAGUCCAAAGAGGUAUGGAAAGCUUUGCUGAAGGAGAUGUCCAUGUCUGCUCUGAUGAGGCACCUGGGUAAAAUGACUGCAGAUAAAGUUCUGAUGCCUGGAAGUCCUGAAGUUGCUGCUGUUUGUGAGAGAAUCCAGGACGAACAAGCCCUGACAAAGGCUAAAACGCACCCCUUCAGCGUCCUGGUUGCAUCUGAAAACUACAAGCGUGGCCACGGGAAGCGGGGAAAGUUAAAAUGGCAGCCGAACAGAGACAUCAUUCAAGCGCUGGACUGCGCCUUCGCUAAGUGUCUCUCAAACGUGGAGCCCACGGGGAAGCGCUUCAUGGUGGGAGUGGAUGUGAGCGCCUGUCUCCAUAGCCUGGCUCUGGGAAGCUCCGUCCCCAGCGUGGCCGUAGCUGCAGCCAUGAGCAUGGUGAUUGCACGAACUGAACCGGAAUCUGAGGUGUUGAUCUUCUCUGAGGAGGCUUUGGUUCCCUGUGUGAUCUCAGACGACACGUCUCUAAUCCAAGUAACAGCACAGCUGGUCCAGAUACAGAGUGUUGGUACGGACUGCACUCUGCCCAUACAGUGGGCUUCAGAGAACGACAAGACCGUGGACGUGUUCAUCAUAUUCACCAACAACGAGACCUACGCAACCAUUAACCCCACAGAGGCUCUGAGGACGUAUCGAGAAAAAACCGGCGUGUUUUCCAAGCUGAUUGUUUGCGGAAUGACGAGCAACGGCCUCUCUGUGGCUGAUCCUGAUGACCGGGGCAUGCUGGAUAUCUGUGGUUUUGACUCGCGGGCGGUCGACGUCAUUCACAACUUUGUGUUGGACGCUAUUUGAAAGUGGUGCAUUGUGGGAAAUGUAGGCUAGCUUUUUCUACGGACCGAACUGAGCGCGGACCUGCCCUGGUGAUGUCAUUACUGAUGGGAUAGAUAUGAAGAUACAGCUUCAUAAAAAAAAUUUAAUUACAAUAAAAAUGACAAAAGAGAAACAGGGAAUUUGAUGAAGUCCAGCAGGCUGGAUUGGUAUUUAGGUAAAGUUAUGAAAAAAAUAAAAUAAAAUAAGUUUAUUCGCCCUAAAUUCAGCAGCUAAUUCGGAGUUAUUAGCUGUUAUAUUACAUUAAAGUGGAAAAAUAAAGAACGCUAAAUGCUUGGUUCAUUAUGCUUUUAAUGAGGACAUCUUUUAGUCAACUUAUUUCACUGAUUAAUAUAUAUUUAAAGAUAUAUGCUAUAUGCUAAUAGAGGCCUUUCUUUAUCACGUCUGAUGUCUGUAUUCGCUCCCUGCCUGCUGUCAGUUACGAAUUUUAACGUAAAAUCAUUGAAUGUUGUCGUUUCUUCCCCUUUUGUACUAAUUUGUGGAUCUAUGAUCUACGUUGAAUAUCCCUCAAAUUACAUAAUGAAGUCUGGUGUCCUAAAAAAGCCCAUUUUAAAGGAGAACUUCAGUGUAAUAUGUAUUUUUGUUGUAGUAAAACAUGAUAUAUAUAUGUAAAAAAAAACAUUAAAAUAAUCAUGUUUAUUUAAAGUCUCACAUACAUUUAAAAGGAGGCAUUGCACAAGAAGUUUAUUAAAAGUGUAAUCUACUUCGUACGGGGAUGUAGCGUAACGCUACGGGUUGUAAAGUUAUUUAUAGAGUUAUUUUUAAUAAACUUCUUCUGCAGUUUUUAAGGUAUUAAUGGCUCGUUUUAAAUGUCAGAGCUCUCCGUGUUCUACCAAUAAAGUGUGAAGCUUCUCUGAGCCUGAUUAACAGUGUAAAAAAUGCAAUUUAUCUGCAGGGGCAAAAAUAUGCCCCAUUAAAACUCAGUCUUAAGGGUGUUUUGAUAAACAGAAUAAUACAAUAAAAUUGCUGGAUCUCGGAAAGCUGCAGGAAAGCGGAGGGGAGCUAUACAACAAGGUCAAGGUUAAUACUCUUUAUCAUGUUUAACUACAACAAAAUUCAAUUUUCAAUUUUACACCGGAGUUCUCCUUUAAUCACUUUGUGUAAUACUUUGUUUUACAAACAAAUUACCUCAGUUGUUUGGAUACUGUAUGGAUGAAUAACUUGCUAUUGGAUUAUUUUAUUUUAUUUUUUAGUUUUAAUUUUUAAUCAGGACUGAAUUUUGAGUUUUUAAUUCAGUUAAAUCCGAGGUAUAGAUUCUAUUUAAAACAAAAAAAAAAACAAGAAGAAAAUGUUGAAGAUUUGAAUAAGAGAUUUUUGACACUAUAUUGGUGCACUUUUGACGUGUUGACAGAAUACUGUACUGUAUACUGUAUACAGACGCUAUGGCGCUGUGAGAAGGAUCAAUAGCUAUUGGUGUGAGACGAUGUAGCGCGGUGUAGCUAGAGUUCACUAUUAGAUUUGUUUACAAUUAUUUUAUUCUGUUUUUAUUAAUUAACUAUUGUUUUUGGUUGUUUUUUCGUUUGUAAUGCUCGCUGCUGUUUUUUUUCCUGCAUUAGAAAUAGUUUAAACCCAAAGUCUGACAGUGCUAAUACCGAGUGAAGAGAAUUAGCCACUAAUUAUUAUUAUUUUUAUGAUGCACAUUACUUUUUGCUAACUAAUGGCUGCUAGCUUUUUGAUUUUCUAUUUUUCUUCAUUAGUUCAAUUUCCUUUUAAAGGGAAAUUCCACCAAUAGUACUAAAUAGUGCUAAAUAUUUCAUAUACUGUAACUGUAGUGAAACGUACCAACCCUGAUUAAAUCUGCUUUAAAGUGGUGGUGAAUUGAGACAAAUUUAGCCAUUUUAUUUACAAUCCAGUCCAGUUUUUUGCUUAAAUCAGAUUUACCUAUCACUGUAAAUGUAAGUGAUCUGUAUCUGUGUGUAAUGUGAACACAGAAUCUGUUCCUGAAUCGUCUCACAUGCUGCACAUUGAUACCUGUAUAAACGCCUCCUUCUUCACCAACAACAAAACCCCUCAUAUUAGAGAGAGGAGAGACUCGUAGCUUUAUAAAGGGAAAUGGAUGAGUUAGCAGCUCAUAUGUGGAGCAUCUUUUGCUGGAGUGGAGAGUAAACAGCUGAUCUGAAGUUCAUGCUCAGCUCCAGGAGGAGAAAAAAGGACAGGCGGUUUGCUUUUGCUGUUUUUUUUGCAGUUAUAGCUGCACAGCUGCACCAAGAGAUGCAGUGUGGGUAUGAGAGAGAGAGAGAGAAGCACGUAGCGCUAAUGCUAAUGCUAAUGUGUAAAAGCAAAAAGAAAAAAAAGCAUGAAUUUAGAUUUGACUGUUGUCCACUUUCAUGUAGCAUGUACGUGGAUCAGAUAUGUAUCUUGAUUUAGGACCACAUGUUAAAGUGAAUCAAAUCUGAUUUAACAAAAAAAUCGGAUUUGGCACAUUCACACAGGUAUGAAAAAAAAUCAGAUCUGAGCCACAUUGAGCAAAAAUAAAUCAGAUUUGAGUCAGUUAAGCCUGGUAAUGUGAAUGUAGAGGCUUCUAAUUUUUUUUUAAACAAGUUUUUCACCCAAAUAUUAUAAAAAAAAAUGAUAUAAUUUUAGAAGUUCAGACUCCUUUCACUGCAAUUCACCACCAUUCUAAACAGUUCUCUCUUGGGAAGUUUCUCUAUGAUGUUAAAGAUGUUAAAUAUUAUUGGACUUCCCCUUUAAUGUUGCACAGAGGUGUGAUAUUGUUAUGAUAACACUGGUAGAAAGAGUUUUAGUGAUGAAAUGAUUUGAUUUUAUCUAACCCUUCUGUAGAAAUGCAGUACCUGUCGGUUUGAUUGAUGGAAAUGAAUGUAUCUAUAGUGUGUGUUUGUGUAACACUAGAGACUUAUUAAAUCCUGCUUUUUACCUCUGUAAACUUUGGCGAUGUGUAAAAAAUACUGAUAUACUGUUUUUUUUUUUAUCUUUAUGAUAAAUGGGACGGGAUGUGAUCACACUGCCACACCUCCAUACUGUCAGUCCUCGUAGCAUCGACAAUGAAAACGAGAAUAGCUGUAAGUUUACCACUUCCUUAAUCUAAUAAAAAGCAUUUUAUCAUGAA